GCAGUAACGUGCAAAUGGAGAAGGUCGUAGUGAAUCAAAAAGAAUAUUUGAAGAAGUAUUUAUCUUCGGGAGAUGGCAGCGACAAGAAAAAGAAGAAAAAGAAAAAGCUGAGAGUGGGAGUGAAAACGUUAUAAUGAUUGUUUCGCACAUUAUUGUACGAUGAAUUGCAAAACGAAACAUUUUACUUCAUUCUGUGAUUCUGUGAUAUAGUUGUACGGAAGAUAAACGAGAAAGGGAAUAUAACCGUGAUUUCGAAGCAAAUUCUAAAAUUAACAAUUUGAACAACUUUUUGAAAAAUAGUAAAUUACGUAACGAAGAUUCUCCCUUUCUUCAGACAAAUUUUUAGAUGUGUUUUUCAGAGUAAAAAUCAUUGACGAUGACAUAGACCUGAAGAAUAUGAGACCGAUCGACGAGAGUCAGUUUGAUAUUUACAUCACUGCCGAAGACGCGCCUCAAAUUGCUGGUAUAGUCGAUGAACGUGGCCCGGUUGAUUUCGGAGAUAAAAGAAGAUGGAAAAUAGUAGCAGACAACGAAGACGGAGAUCUAACUAUCACCAGUCAAGACAAAGAGAGCAAACGAUCCAAAAAAGUUGCACGCAACCUUGACGAUGAUUUAACUCCGCCGAGAAUGCAAAAGAAAUGCUUGAACGAUGAUUCGUCUCCUCCGAGGACACACAAGUCCAUUAAAAAGAAACAGAGUAAAAGAAAUGUAGAAGAAAAUAAUGAUUUAAGUCCACCCGGAAGAAAAUCUAAAAAGCAUGCUAAUUCUGAACGUAAGACUUCUCAGAGUAAUAGCGAUAGCGACAGCAGUUCGGAAGUAAAUGUUCCAUCUAGUAAAAUGAAAAAGAAAGCGAAAAGAAGAGACAAAGAAAUUGAUUCUGACUUGAGUCCACCUAGGCAGCCUAAAAAUCAUGAUUCGGAUUCAAGUCUGCCUAAAAAGAGUACAAAACAUAGAUCUCAGAGAAGUAAGAAAGUUCAGAGUAAAAGUGACUCGGAUAUGAGUCCGCCUAGAAGAAAUAGGGAAGAUUCUGAUUCUGAUUUAAGUCCACCGAGAAGUAAGAAAAAUCAGAAUCACGAUUCAGAUUUUAGUCCACCAAGGAGGAGUAGAAAACACGAACAUGAUAAAAGAAAUUCAAAUUUGAAUUCUACGAAGCAAAGAAAAGAUUCUGAUUCUGAUUCGGAUUUAAGUCCGCCGAGAAGAGAGGUGAAACAUAUGGAACAAAGUAAAGCGCAUAAAAGUUCGAAUUUUGAGCAGAGAAGAGACCUAAGUCCACCUAGACAACAUAAAUAUAGAGAUUCAUCUUUGCACAGAGAGAAAAAAUAUCGCAGAAAAAAUAGGGAAUUAGAUAGAAGUCGAAGUAGAUCUAAGGAGGACAAUAGAGAGGUUAAUAAGUCCAAGAGCAGAUGGAACAAUAAGUAUGAAUAUGAUUCGAAACAUCAAUCGCACGGAGAAAGUUCUUACAGAAAGGAAAAAUCCAUGAAAGAUGCUAGCAAUAGCCAGAGAUUAGAAAUGAACCAUGACAAAAGGGAUAGGGGAAAUCGAAUGAAGAAAACGCUAGAUGGAAAGACCGCGGGUCUGCAAGAUGCAAGAUCAUUGAGAGAGGAAACGGAAGCGUACAAAAAACGGGAAGCCGAACACUUCAAAAACCUGAGUAAAGAAGUUACCGGGAUUGGUCAGGCUACAAUUGUACGAGAUACGAAAACUGGUAGAAAACGUAACCUAGAAGCGGAAGCAGCUGAAGAGCGCGAAAAACAAAAGCGACAAGCGGAACUGAACGAGAAGUAUGCUAAAUGGGGAAAAGGGUUGAAACAAGUAGAGGAUCGUGAAGAAAAAUUGAAGGAUGAUCUUUAUGAAAUGAGUAAGCCCUUAGCAAGGUAUGCUGACGAUGCUGAUUUAGACAAGACACUUAGAGAGCAAGAAAGAGAAGGGGAUCCUAUGCUGGAAUACAUUAAACAAAAGCAAAUCAAAGAAGGAAAGAGAAAACCAGAACGACCAACGUACGAGGGAUCGUUUAUGCCAAAUCGAUUCGGUAUUAAACCCGGUCACCUGUGGGACGGGGUGGACAGAAGCAACGGUUACGAGAAACGAUGGUUCGAAACACAAAACGCAAUGGUGGCUCGUCAAGAAGAAGCUUACAAAUGGAGCACUUCCGACAUGUGAAAUUGUUAAAAAUAAAUGCUGAGGAACGGUAGCACAGCUACGAUCCACGGACCUCUGCGGACAUUACCGGUAGCGCCACCUUCGUACGCGUUGAUAUAUAUAUAUUCUAACAGAUAUGUAUACGUUCCAUGUUUUCUACAAGCACACGAUAAACAUUCUAUCGUUUAUUACAUCGUCUAUACUUAAUAAAUACUCUUUUAAAUAUGUUAUCGAUCGCUCCCCCGUUCUUUAUCCUCCAUACUCUCCUUUUUGCUAAAGUCGUUUCUAUCAAGAUUUAAAUGUUGAAAAUACCGUCGAUUGUUGGCACAAUUCUUAACACGAGUCACGCG